UAAUUGUGAUAUUUCCCAUAGACAGACAGGAAAUUAAUCGAAUGGAGGGAAUUGUUACCGGCGUACCAGUCACGGAGGCGGUAGGCAUGGCGGCGCCGGAAGUCGAGAAAACGAUGAAUGCGUUGGUGGCUAUAGAUGACAGCGAUGAGAGCUUCCACGCACUCCGUUGGGCAAUUGAUUACAUCCUGAAACGCAUACCGGUCGCCGCCGCUGCGGAGUCCAGGGUUGUAACAGUAGUCCACGUCAUGGAGCCGCUUCCCCGCUACGCCAUCUCCGGUGUAAACGUUGAAUCUGCAAAACAAAAUCAUGAACAGAACGCCGCGAGAAUCCUCUCCCGAGCAUUCGAAAUCUGCAGGGAGAAAUCGUUGAACGCCAAAACCCUAAUCCUGGAGGGCGAUCCAAAGGACAAGAUUUGCCGAGCUGUAGAAGAGAUGAGCAUCGAUCUUCUGGUUGUAGGAAGCCGCGGAUUAGGCCAAAUCAAGAGGGCACUUUUGGGAAGUGUGAGCGAUUACUGCAUCCACCAUGCGAAAUGCCCAGUUCUCUUGGUGAAGCCCCCGAUCAAGGGAACGCCAUGAGUGCGUAACAUGCAUGUCUAUCAUAAAUCGUGUUUCUCAACCAGAGAAUAAGUGGAAGAGUCGUGUCUUCUCUACGUGCAUAAAGGAGAAUAAUAAAUGAAGUCGCGUCUCGACUGUUUGUAUGCGUUCAUACUGUACGGCAGUGUAAAAAUACCAAUGGAUAUGUAUUACCAACAUAUACAAUACUCCAUAUAAUAUGGAAAUAAUGAUAUUUCCGCCUCUGUAAAAAUCAAUGGUUUAUGGAAACUACUACCAUUGCCAACUCAUCGUAGACCUGGAACAACGGUCUUACUGUUUAAUAUUUGGAAAGUUCAAAGAGAUUUUUUUCUUGGUAUUUAAUGAACCUUCCAUA